AUGUCGGCGGUGAAACCUUCACAGCCACCGUCUUUCACCUCCGUGUGCACUCUGCAAGGUUCAUUCCUCACUCUCACUAUCGUAAUCAUAGUCUCUUUCACAUCACUCUCUCUCAGAUACCUCCAUUCCCCCGCUCUCCAAUCCAGCUUGCCUCCUCAGACUUUCUUGCCUAUGAAUACUUCUCAAGUGGUUAGAGAGAAUAAUGUGGAGGAGUUACCAGAUGUGUAUCAUUUGCCAGAGAUAUUUAGGUUGACUUAUGUGGAGAUGGUGAGGAGAUUCAAAGUUUAUAUCUACCUAGAUGGUGAUCCAAAUACGUUCUAUCAGACGCCGAGGAAGCUUACAGGAAAGUAUGGAAGCGAGGGAUAUUUCUUUUAG